AUGGCCAACGUAAGUGUUGAAAAGCGGAUACCGGCCUUCGUCGACGUGCCCUUUCUGCAGCGCGUUUUGGAGGAAAACCUCAACCAUGACGCAGUCCGAGUCGACGGGUUUACGGCUCAAAUCGCAACGAAACCAGGUGACAACUACAGCAGUGAUGUGUUCACGAUCGUUGUCCACUACAACGGUGACCGUGAGAUCCGGCUCGUGGCCAAAAUCGUCGUCGGUGCGGAAGUGAUCAAAACCUUCGCGGAAAAGCUCAACGCAUUCACGAAGGAAGUGUACACGUUCCGUACGCUUUUGCCCACGUUCACCCGAAUAGUGGCGGAUGGCCGGACAGAUGAUAGCGUUCAGUUCGGGGCACGGUGCUUCUACGCCACCCGGGAACCGGUGGAUACGAUCGUGUUCGAAGACCUGAAGCAUCGCGGCUACCAGCUAGCGGAUCGAACACGUGGUGGGUUGGAUUUGGCUCACUGCGAGUUGAUCAUGCGCAAGAUUGGGCUUUUUCACGCGGCCUCUAUGGUGUAUGUGGCGCAAGGAUCAACCGAACGGCGGCUUUUCACCGAACGUUACUCGCGCGGUAUAGCCUGCCCAGGUGAAGACACCACCAGCAACCCAGCGCUUGUGAUGUUCUACAAUGGGUUGGUUAAGUUCCUGGAAGUAUCCGCCAAUUGGCCGGAAUUGGAUCGCACCAUCUGGCGUAAGCUGGAAGCGCUGCAAAGCGACUACACGCGUCGUGUGAUUGAGUGUCUCUCGGCUGAAGGAGAUGAUCAACCCGAGGAUGGUUAUCGUGUGCUGAACCACGGUGACCUGUGGGGCAAUAACAUGAUGUUCCGGUACGGCAAGGACGAAAUCGUCCAGGAAGUGAUGUUCGUCGACUACCAACUCUCGAACUAUGGCAGCCCAGGACUGGACCUGGUGUACUGCCUGUACAACUGCGCUCAGUUUGAGGUGCGUGAGAAUCGCAUCAACGAUCUGCUGCAGGUGUACUAUGGAUCGCUGUGUGAGGGUUUGCGCAUUGGUGGCUAUCAGCAACGGAAGCCCACGUUUGACGACGUCUUGAAGGAGUUUGCCCGUCAUGAAUUCAUCGGCUUGGUUAGUGGACUCUCGAUGCUGCCGAUCAUAAUGAUGGAACGCACGGAAUGUGAUGCCGAGCUUUCGUUCGAUAAUCUGCUUGAAGGGCAACACGCGGAAAAGCUUCGUGACAUUCAGUACCAAGGGAAGCUGUACCGUCAGUCGGUCAUUCCGAUUCUUGAGCGGUUCCACGCGAGAGGUUUACUCGAUUAGCCGUCCUAUCUCGGUACACCUUGCCAAA